GGUAACAGUUGUAAGAAUGUGUGACAUCACGGCGCUGAGUCGUAUUUAAGCUCGUGGACCAGCUCGUGGACCAGCUCGUGGACCAGCUCGUGGACCAGCUCGUGGACCAGCUCGUGGACCAGCUCGUGGACCAGCUCGUGGACCAGCUCGUGGACCAGCGCCCCCCCCUGACACCAGGACUCCAGACUCUUUAUUGGAGCUUCUGAGCGACGAGCAGAUCAAACUGUUGGAUCUUCAUCUGAAACAAAGAUGGCCGUUUCAUCUUCCUCCUCUUUCCUGCCUCUCCUCCUCCUCUUCCUCACUGUUGCUGUUGAGUCGAGACCUUCGCGCCAACAACACGACCCACAGGUCCUAGGCUCUCUGUUCGGCUCGCGGCUCUGCUCUCUCAUCUUGGCCCCGCCCACCUCUGAUGACAUCACAGAGGGCUCAGCGGGAGGCCCCGCCUCCUCUUCCUCGGCCCCGUCCGGGCGGUUCCUCCUGAACCUCCUGCGGCAGCAGUCCAAGACCAGGAGGUGGAGCAGGAAGUCCAUGGUCGGGGGGGGGAGGGGCUGCUUCGGGAUGAAGAUGGACCGCAUCGGCUCCAUCAGCGGCCUGGGCUGCUAGACUGACCUCUGACCUCCAGACACUACAGCUGACCCGCAUGACCUCUGACCUCCAGAGAAUUCGUGCUGAACUUUACUGACCAAAUACACAGGUAGACGUCCUACCGAUGACCCCUGGCUACGGCACGGCCAGCACAUGUGUGUGUGUGUGUGUGUGUGUGCAUGUCUUUGUGUGUGUGUGUGUGCUUAUGUGUCUUUUGUGUGUGUAUGUGUGUGUGUGUUUGACCAGCUGCAGUCUCACUGCACGAUGAAA